AUGUCCUCUUAUCUUCUCAUUGAUUUACUUUCAGAAAUUCUCGAUUACCUUAAGAAUGAUUUUAAUUCAUUAUAUUCUUGUCUUCUAGUCAGUCGUUUUUGGUGUAGAGCUGUCGUACCUAUCUUGUGGAGAAAUCCAUUUAAAAUUGAUGUACCAAUGAAUAAGAAUUAUCAAGAAUUAAAAAUUGAAAAUAAUCGAAAAUAUUUAACAAUCUUUUCAACGAUAUACUCUUGCUUACCUAAAGAUUCCAAAGAAAUAAUCUCUGAUAAUAAAAUUGAAAUACCCUUAAAUAUUAUAAUUUAUGAAAGACCAUUAUUCGAUUAUCCAAGGUUUUGUAAAACUAUAGACACUUAUAACCUUUAUAGUAUGUUUACUUGGAUCGAUAUAUUUCCUGAACAAAAUGAUCUUGGAGUAAAUUUUAAGAGUAACAUACUAGGACAAGAAGUUUUGAAAUUAUUAUUUGCCAAGGAUCUAUUACUUAAACAGUUCAUUCUUUCCGCUGAAGAAUUUAAUGUUCACUUGACACAAUUUUCCGGGAUUCAGCAUACAUUCUCAGUCUUGACUGAAUUUGAAGCAUGUGAUGAUGUUUCUUCGGACAUAUAUGAUGAGAUGGCGCAAAUUUGUACAAACAUUCAACAUUUGAAGAUAACAUCCGAAACUUUUGAUUAUGAAAAUUCGGGACUAGCAAAAUUUAUUAAGGCUCAACAAUGUUUAAAAGCAUUAACUUUCAAACAAUCCUUUUUAAAAAUGUCAAAAGAAUUAACUUUAGCUAUUUACGAUCAUAUAAAUUCAAUCGUAGAAAUUAAUAUUGACCAUUUUCAUGACUGGGAUGAAUAUGAAACCCUCUCAAAAUUUAUUAAUUUAAGGAAAUUGAAUGUGGAAAGCGAAAUAUAUUGUGAAUCAUGUUAUAAUUAUGAUUCGGUCGCGAAAUAUUUAGGUGAAAAGUCGAGGUGUUAUAAAUUUCCUAAUUUACAAACCUUGAUUUUACAUGGUCAAUUAUUUCUGGAAUCCGUAUCAAACAUUAUUAAUAAUACUCGGGGUGAUUUAAACAUUAUUUACCUAAGCAAUUGUUAUGAGUUUAAUGAACGAAUUCAUAAUUCUAGAUAUUAUCACUCCCUUAUGGACAAUUGCCCAAACCUUAAAUAUGUAAAUAUUUAUGUUGAUAAAACUCUUGAAUCCGUUCAAUAUUUAAGAAAUUUAUUAUCUAAUUGUACUCGGAUUGAAGGAAUCAUAUUUGCUCAUAUAGUAAACGAAUUCGAGUUAGAAGCUGAUUUUAUCUUGGAACUCUUAGGAAUGAUUUUACCUUUAAAUUCUCACUUAUUUCAAUUACAAAUUCCAAUUGAUUGGAAAUUUUCUUAUAAUGCUUUUAAUAGAUUUUUUGAAGAUUGGAGAGGUAGGAGAGGUUUAAGGUUAUAUUUUUAUCAUAAACAGAUCGAAAAUAAUAAAAAUCUUCAAAGAUAUAAAAACUUAUUUAGAAAAUAUUGUGAUGAAGGUGUGAUUAGGAAUAUCAAAUUUAUUGGUGAAACUUUUGAUUUUACGAAGACUCGUUAA